UUCCAUAUUGUUCACCUCCCCUUUUCCUCCAGCCUUGCGUCAAUCCUUCACACCACACUCUUUUCGUUUGCCACACCCACACACUCUUUCUGUCGUGUCUCUUUCUUCCUCUCACCUUUUCCGUCCUCUUCUCCGUGCACUUUCGCCUACAGGCAAGAUGAUUUCCAAAUCCUCUUCGGUCAUCGUUACCCUCGCGGCCAUUAUGGUAUCCGUCUCUGCUGCCGACAAGCCAACCUUUUCCGUCACACAGCUGCCCAACAAGUGGGAAGAUGGCCAAAUCGGAACAAACCAGUGCAAGCAGUGGGGAUCCUCGAGCCAGAAAUCAAUGUGCCAAAAUGUCUUCAUCAACACCGUCACUGAUUUUUGUCUGUGGGGACCCUAUAAAGGAAAGGGGACUGUCGGAGCCCAAGAGGAACUCAUGGUAUCCUACUGCACGAAGUCGGGCUACGGCACGAGGCUGAUUCCCGACGGAACGCUCAAGGGUGCACACUUUAUCAAGACGCCCAACUUCCUCCAGGUCACUGGCUUUGGCGACUUCACGUCGAUGCACAUUGCAAACCAUGAUGAGGGCGGUGAGCUCGACCCCCAUGGAGCCACUGGCGCCGGCAAUCCCCCUGGCGGCCUUGUCUUUUCGCGCAAUGUCAAGGGUCAAGAGGGUCAAUGGGUCCAACUCAAGGAGUGGAGCAACUUCAUGAGCGCCUCUGAGUUCUCCAUUCGCGCCUGCUAUCCUGCUCCCGAUGCCCCCAGCUGGUGUCCUCACACCCUCGACGAGAUGGGAUCUAAGUUCAAUCACCCCGGCAAAUACAGCAAGGGCUCCUUUGACAAUUGCGACGCCGACUCUGGCCACUUUCCCGCUGUCUUCCACGGGAGUGAAUUCAGGCAGGGGGACGCCCACACUCCGAACGGUCACAAGCCUGGAAAAUCGAGCAAUUGCCAUGCCCACCCCACGGUCAAGAACGGUCCCGCCAAGCAGACGCCCUACCGCCGUUCGAACCCCGUUCGCGCGGAUGAAUACGACGCUUAGAUCCGUCAACUCAAAUCUCUCAUACUCUGCACACAUCUGUCCCCUACUCCUCAAGCUGCCGCAUUUGUACGGUCGAGAUCUCGGCCCCAGCUUAUUGUUUUAGCUGAUUACGCCAAAUUUUCCUCCGCUGUUCCGUUUAUUCACUGGUCGUGCACUCCCUACCCUCAUACUCUCAUUUGUGUGCUCUUUUGUGGCAGCAUCCAAUAAUUGACUUCUUCUUUCCCUUGCGCGACAUGCUCUCUCGAGACUAUCCUUUCUAC